GCGAACCUUCUCUCAGCUUCCACCGCGUCGCCCGACCUCACAGCAUGCGCGACAGCAGCGCGGGAGAGCCGCAACAAGCUUCUCUAGACCAGCCACGCCGUUCUCUCCUCGACACCUUCGUGUCGCGUCGAUCCUUCCACCAACUGGGCUUGUUCUGCGCCGGCGCCACCUUCUUCACCGUCGCCCAGCUCAUCACCCGCCGCUCGCUCAUUCGUCGCUACAAGGCCAUCCUCCCACCCUUCUACCAUCCGAACAACCGCCCACAUGGCGAGGUCAACGGCGCCUUGGACGCGUUCGAGGCCUUCAACCUCGCCACCCUCCACGUCGUGAGCGCCAGCAUCAUGUUCGCCGGCGGCGCCAUGUGGGCCACCGACAUCAGCACCCUGGACGAUCUCAGGCAAAAGGUCAGGCAUAGAAUCGGCACGGGCGAUGAGGCGGCAUCCGAUCGGGAGAUUGAAGAAUGGGUGACCGAGGUCAUGGCCCGCAACGACAUGAAUUCUGCAAUCAAGGCAGCCACGGGCAUGGAUCUGCAGCAAAUCAUGGACAAGGCCAAGACGGAGGAGCAAAAGUCGGGAGACAAGGGCAAGAAUGCCUAGAGGCCGAGGACCCCGCGGGCGUAAAGCGGCCCCAGAACCCCGCAUAACUCGGGGCAAUCCCAAGGCCUAGGACGCAUUUCCGUGCGGCAUCUUCCGUACCACGGCCAAAACUGGCUUCGGGGUCCAUUUGUGUCCGUGAUUGACACGCCACGCCCAGCCCGGGCGAUCUACUCUCCACUCUACUCAAAUCCAUUUAUAGGCAUGGACGUCUUGGCCUUGUAGCCAGACUACACGUGCAGUUCCAGCCUGGCGAAUUGCUUCUCGAAAUGAGAUCUGCAAGUAAGCCUAUUGCGUCUGACCGUGCUUUUUCUCCGCCAGUCGUUCAGCUGUCCCUCCAGUGCAAGUCGACCACAUGGCCGCCUC